AUGGCCACACAGCUUGGGCGAACUUUGAGCAGAGAAUGGGUGCUUAACAUUGCCACUCUCAUCCAAGUGGUGUCAUUUACUUCCUUCUCAGUACCUACCUUACUCGAUACCCCGUGGUCGCUGCCGUGCCGUUCUCCCAGAAUGCCAAGCCUUCAGGUGGACAAUGUCUGGAAAUGCAAGGAGGGGCUAUGA